AGUACUUCAAUUUCGCGCCAAAAAAUAUCAAAAUGUCAAAACGGUCGAUUUUGUAAACCGAAACAGGACAGCAAUAGUCCGUAAUUUUAAAUUUUAUUUUUGCAUUGUUUUUUAUCGUUUUUACAAAUAAUGAAGCCAAGUGGCAAUAAACGUAAAAUUAACCAAACUGACGAGGACGUCAUUCCCGGCACACCACAAGAUAAACAUAAGAAAAAGCAACGUAAAAAGAGCACCAAAACAAUGGACAGUGAUGGUGUUGUUGUGACGAAUGUUAUUGUUUCUGAAAAUUUGGUAGUUAAAGACCCGGUCAUCGAUAACAAUUUCCAUGACCUGCUAAAUGACAUCGAUUUCUUGGAUGAUUUUAACAUUGAAACACUUUCAGUCGGCAGGGGUAGUGUUGAUCUAUCAGUUUGGCGAAGGUGCGUCGUUACAUCAGUACACAGAAAUGAUUUCGACGUUUUGUUGACGGUACGUGAGGAAAAUACAGAAAAUGAAAUUGAUUUUAGGUUGCAGGGAUCUUGGAUCAACACUUAUGUAACCAUUAACGAUGUAAUCUCUGUCAUUGCUAAAUGGAGUGAAAAAUUCAAUUGCUUCUGCGUAGAUGACCAAUUCGGGUAUGUGGUCACAGCUCCUGAUUAUCUGGUGUCCGGUACGUCCGUCGUUGGCUCGUUGUUUUGUCGUCGCAAAGGAGUUCUAGCUGAACGUUUUACCGGAAUCGAUUGUAACAACAAAAUCAUGGCCAUCGGAUCGAUUGUUCACGAACUUUUUCAGAUCACGCUGAAACGCCAGUUAACGAAAUUCGACGAAAUUAUGUCGAUUUGUGAUGAAAUGCUGCAAAGCCAUCAAAUGAUGUACACCAUGUACGAAACGAUGAUGACUCCGGCCGAUGUCCGUACGGAGAUGGUGAAAUUUGUGCAGAAAAUUGCGGAAUUUGUCGCAACAUACAUAACGCAGGAGGGAAAGAAGAUUGAGAAAGACAAUUUUGCCGGGAAGAUUGAACGAAUUGACGACAUUGAAGAGAACAUUUGGAUUCCGAAGCUCGGUCUGAAGGGAAAAGUGGAUGUUUCGGUUCAGGUGAAAAAGGGAAAUUCUCGUUCAUCCAUGCCACUCGAAAUAAAAACGGGAAAACCGAGUUUUUCAAUGGAACAUCGAGGUCAGCUGAUGCUAUACCAAAUGAUGAUGUCAGAACUUGAAGGAAAACCGAUUAAUUCUGGCCUGUUGCUGUAUCUAAGAGAAGGGGUCAUGAAGGAAGUGAACAUUAAUAGGAACGAGCAACGGGGUUUGAUAAUGUUACGAAAUGAAGUGGCUUCUCACAUAGCAAACACUGAUUUGACCGACAAAAUCAAGAAGAACAUGAAAAUAACAUUAACCGACCGUGAAACAUUUGCUGUCCCUGUUUUACCGGAACCGAUAAACCAUCACAGCGCAUGCAGUAACUGUCCAUACAAUCUCAUUUGUGGUUCAUUUCUCAGUCGCGACGAAUCGAUCGUUUUACCUGACACGCAUCCACUGAAAGAACUUCAUCAACAAACUCCUCAGUUGACAUCAGAUCACAUUGACUAUUUCAUCAAAUGGAACGGACUAUUGGCACUGGAAGAGGAGCAAAUGAGUAACGAAAAUCAAUUGAAGUACUUGUGGUUGCGUACUCCCGAACAGCGAGCGACGUACGGUCAAUCGAUCAUUGACCUGGUACUUUCCGAUGAUGUGGUUGAAGUCGAAGACCGAUAUUUGCAUACUUUCAAGCGGAAAUCUGGUGGUGACUUAGUCAGCGAUCACACAUUGACUGGACUGAACACUGGCGAGUAUCUUCGAGUUAGCACGUUGAAACGGAUCGCUAUUGCGGCUGGACGGGUUAUUGGAAUUACUAAAACGACCAUUAAGAUGAGCUUGGAGAGGGAUUUGACCAAACGAUACAAAGACGAAUCGUUCAUUUUGGACAGAAAUGACUCGCAGACAUUCACCAAAUUUAAUUUGGCCACCAUCGGCGCAUUAUUGGAUGAUCGUGAUAGUACUCGUCGGCUGAGGAGCAUCAUCAUCGAUCGUAUGCCACCGACAUUCUCGAAAACGUUACCGAAAAUCAUCGCAACCGACGGAAAACGUGUAUUGCAAAAAUUGAACAUCAUCCAACAGGAAGCCGUUUUGAAGGCGCUGACCGUAAACGAGUAUCUACUUUUGAAAGGACUGCCCGGAACGGGAAAAACUCAAACGAUCGCCGCCAUUGUGUGCCUUCUGGUGAUGAUGGGAAAAUCAGUGUUGAUAACGAGCCAUACACAUUCUGCCGUCGACAAUGUGCUGUUGAGGCUGCUUAAGGAAAAUUUAACAUUCCUUCGGCUUGCCGAUCCUUCUAGGGUUCCUGACGAUAUCAAAAAUUACUGCGAAUGUGUGCUAACGGUCGACUGUAAAACACCCGAAGAUCUGAGUCGAGUGUACGAAACUUAUAACAUUGUCGGUGUCACAUGCUUAGGAUCAGCCCAUCCGCUCUUGGUUCAUCGUACUUUCGAUGUCUGCAUUGUAGACGAAGCUACUCAAGUUUUUCAAAGCACAGUGAUCAGACCUUUAAUCAGCGCCAAUAAAUUCAUCCUGGUUGGCGAUCCCGAACAACUACCACCGAUUGUGAAGUCGAAAGAAGCUAAAAAAUUGGGUGCAGAUGAGAGUCUUUUCCACCGAUUGGACAGUUCACAGGCAACAGUGGUUCUCUCACUGCAGUAUCGAAUGAAUAAAACCAUAGCCAAAUUGGCGAACAGCUUAACAUACAAAGGAGCAUUGAAAUGUGCUAACAAUGCUGUUGCAUCCGCUACUAUGAAAACUACACAGAAGGCUACCACUAAUGAAAAAUGGAUUUCAAAAUCAAUCUCGACACACAUCGAUCAGUCUGUGAUCCUCUUGAAUACGGGCAAUGUUUUUACACAAAGCGAAAAAUUGGCGAAAAGUCUGGAGAAGCCAUUCACUCAUCCUGCAACGAAUGAUGUGACUAAAUCAGACACGGAAAAAGUGAAAUCGAGAAUUUAUUCCAAUUACUGUGAAGCAGGUGUUGUGUUAAAACUAGUCGACUCACUCAUUCAAACCGGUGUGCUUGGCUCAAGCAUCGGUGUGAUAGCUACAUUCACAUCACAAGUGAAUGUUUUGAAAAAGUUGAUGGACAAUUUCGAGACCGGCAUUCCGGAGAACCAAAGAGGCAUCGAAGUGAAUACUGUCGAUCAAUAUCAAGGACGCGACAAAUCGGUUAUAAUUUACUCUUGCACAAAGUUCGAUAAUCCGGACACUAAGACUGAAGCCAUUGCAAACGAUAAGGAAAUCCUUCAAGAUUUCCGUCGGCUGACGGUGGCGAUAACGCGAUCUCAACAUAAACUGAUUAUUGUCGGUGAUGUGAACAGUCUCAAUGUUUAUGGUCCGUUUAAGGCAUUGUUUUCGCAUUUGAGUGGCAUGUCUAAAUUGGAUUUGGUUGAUGGAAAACAGGAUUUUAGCUGGCAACGAAUUAUGGCAGAUUUAGUGAAUCUAGUAAAUAAAGAAAAUGUUUGAGUGUGAAA